UUUUUUUCUCUCUCUCUCUCUCUCGCUCGCUCUCGCUCUGUUUCAACAUCACCAUUAGUCCCCUCUCUCUCCUACUUCUUUCUCCAUCAUUCUUGAUCUAACCGUCUACCGACAAUGUCCGUCACCGUAAGUCCACCGGCCGUCCGAUCUUUCUGUCUUUCUCCAUCUCAGGUGGGAAUCCCACGGUUUAGGAUGGCCGUCCGAUCUAACGUUGUCACCGUCGCCCCAAUCUUGACAAAGUUGCAGAAAGACUGCGCUACUCCUUUGCCCCUUUUGCGCCACGUGGCCGACUCCAUGGCCGCCGACAUGCGUGCCGGCCUCUCCGCUGACACUGGCAGUGAUCUUCCGAUGAUUCUCAGCUAUGUCGAUUCUUUGCCAACUGGUAACGAGAAAGGAUUGUUCUAUGCAUUGGAUCUUGGAGGAACAAAUUUCCGAGUGCUGAGGGUGCAAUUGGGAGGGAAAGAUGAUCGCGUGAUCGCUACUGAAUUCGAGCAAGUUUCAAUCCCACAAGAGAUCAUGUUUGGCACCUCUGAGGAGCUAUUUGAUUUUAUUGCUUCUGGGCUAGCAAACUUUGCCGAAAAGGAGGGUGGAAAUUUUCAAUUGCCUAGUGGAAGGAAAAGGGAAAUUGGAUUCACCUUUUCUUUCCCGGUGAAGCAGACAUCUAUUGACUCUGGCAUACUAAUCAAAUGGACAAAGGGCUUUGCAGUCUCUGGAACGGCUGGAAAAGAUGUAGUAGCUUGUCUGAAUGAUGCUAUGGAAAGGCGGGGACUGGAUAUGCAGGUGUCUGCCCUGGUCAAUGAUACUGUGGGAACACUAGCAGGAGCAAGAUACUGGGAUGACGAUGUCUCAGUUGCUGUCAUUCUGGGAACUGGAACCAAUGCAUGCUAUAUUGAAUGCGUAGAUGCUAUACCUAAGUUACAGGGCCACAAUUCCACAUCUGGAAGGACGAUUAUCAAUACAGAGUGGGGAGCAUUUUCAAAUGGUCUUCCUCUGACUCAGUUUGAUAGGGACAUGGAUGCUGAGAGUAUCAAUCCUGGUGAGCAGAUAUUUGAGAAGACAAUCUCCGGCAUGUACCUUGGAGAAAUCGUAAGACGAGUGCUACUAAAGAUGGCUGAAGCAGGUUCUUUGUUUGGUGAAUUUGUUCUGGAGAAAUUAUCCACUCCAUUUGUGCUCAGGACCCCAGAUAUGUCUGCUAUGCAGCAGGACAACUCUCAAGAUCUUGAAGUUGUUGAAGCAAUCCUAUAUAAAGUGGCCGGGGUGAAAUCCAAUUUAAAUGCAAGGAAGAUAGUCUUGGAAGUUUGUGACACAAUUGUAAAGCGGGGUGGGCGCUUAGCUGGUGCUGGUAUUGUUGGGAUACUUCAAAAAAUGGCAGAUUCAAAAGGUCUCGUCUCUGGAAAGAGGACAGUGGUAGCGAUGGAUGGAGGCUUGUACGAGCACUAUCCUCAAUACAGAAUAUACCUCCAAGAUGCAGUCACGGAGCUUCUCGGAUCAGAAAUUUCAAACAACAUAGUCAUAGAACAUACAAAAGAUGGGUCUGGGAUUGGAGCUGCUCUCUUGGCUGCUACAAACUCGAAGUAUGAACACAAUUUUUAGAACAGGAUGUUGGCCUGAUCCCAAAUAAAGAAAACUUUUUUUUUUUUUUUUUUUUUUUUGGGAGUUGGGAUGUUGGCUAGAUGUUUAUGGUAGUUUGGAUUCAGAAACUUUGGAUUGGGAAUAAAGGGGAAAACCAUGUCAACAAAAGGCAAGCUUAGGAAUUCACUUCAAAGUUUUGUAAUUUAGCAGCAUUUGAAUAUUUUUAUGCUGGUGAUGUGUUAGAAAAUAAGGUAUUGUUGUAACUUGUUCAUCUCCAUGUGUAGAUGCAACAAACUUCUGUUUGCUCGGAAAAUGAGAAAUUGAUUUUUAAAAUCAUCACUCAAUA